CUCGGUGUCGAUGGUGUACAAGAUCCCCUCAUAGCGGAUUUCCGCCUUUGACACCAGGCUGAUCUUACUGCCCAGAUAGGGCGUUCCGCCGCUGCUCAUGGUGCCGUACAAAGGCCCAAGCUUCCAAACGGAACCCGGUGGACAGGACUUUCUCCGAAAACGUGUGAUCCAGUGUAGUCCUGCUACAACAUGGCUACCUCAUCCUCCAUCCAGUGACUCUCACCGCGGGGGCCGGCGGGAAAUCGUAUUCUCGCGUUAGUACAACAAGCUCGGCAAUAUAGAACUAAAGAGGCCAGAAAGCAACCACUGAAUGGUACGCCAUACAAAUUGAGUUUAUUAUUUUUGGAAUCUGUUUCUAAAGCUAGUGGUCAUAAAUGGUGGAGAAUGACUCGCGUGGGCGAGGUGUUGACUUUUAUUUAUCGACUAGAAAGACGUCGCUUCUGCUCUGGGUGUUUUAUUUCUUUGUCUAAAAACAACCCGGAUCCUCCGCGCAUGCGCACAUUCUAAAAUACGAUUUGCACAACGGUCCGAUAUCAAAGAUGGCGGGAGCCUCCGACCCGCUGGAGGACAUGCUCUUCACGGAGGUGGACGAAGCGGCGGUCAGCGACCUGGUGGGUUCACUGGAGUCCCAGCUCGGAGACAGGAAACCUACAGCUGCUUCUUAUCCCGACGGGAAGCACGGGGCAGCUUCCGCCGCGGCCGGCCACUUCUCAGGGAAAGUGCGCGAUCAAGUGGGGUCUGUGGAGCCACAACAAGGACACCUAAAAACGGGCUCCAACCAGAAUCCCGUCGCUAACGAGCCACUCUCCGGGAAACCCAUCCCCGUCUCUACCUCCUCUGGCGGCUCUGGGGCCGUGAUAAUCCCCGGCGCGGGUCUACAGACAGUUGGAACCGCGACUCUCCCAGCGGGACCGGGACCCAUAACUUUGUCCACCCAGCCCACCGCUGCUAGCUUCCCCCGGGCUGCGGUGCUUCCUCCCGGCGCCAACAUCGUCCCCUCGGUGGAUCCUAUCCGGACUUCGUCUCCUGGAUUACAAAGUUUAAACGGAAACGCCGGAACUGUAAAGUUGAUCAACUCUCCGUCGGUGCCCCAACAACCUGGUUCGAACACCGUUCUGACCACUGCCGGCGCCGGUGGCUCCACGAUUGUCGCCUCCAUGUCCUCACAGCCGAGUUUCCCAGUACCUCAGUCCUCUGUGGGGUCUCCGUCAGCGGUUCUGCAGAGGCACCCCAGUCCCACUGUCGCCCAGAACGGCUUGGACCCCAAAGGAGUCCCACUGGUUCCCCCCUCCUCAUCCGCCUCCACGUCUCAGGUCUUGAACCACAACAACCCUCUGAUGCACACCAAGAUGUUAGUGUCCAACCAGCCCGUGUCUGGCAGUUCUGUCAUCUUGACCAGUUCCCCUUCACCCGUGGCCACCCUCUCCCCUGUCAGCCAGAGCUCCAGUCCUGGUGCCACAGGGGUUGUGACAGGGGUCAAGCCAGUGGUCAACGGUGUGGGCCAGCCUACGGUGACCCUGGUCAGACCACCUGCUGCACCAGUGGUGGCAACAUCCAUCCAGCAGCCGAGACCCGGGUUGGUGACAGCCACCACCCGGGCAGCGGCCCCUCAGCCCGCACUAGCGGUCAGACCCCAGCAGCAGACCACCAUCCAGCUGCCCCCUGGCUUCACCAUGCCCCCUGGAAUGGUUCUGGUCCGGACGGAGACGGGUCAGCUGGUCAUGGUCCCACAGCAGGUUUUGGCUCAGGCCCAGGCUAAGACCCAGCAGGGACAGACCACCAUCGCCCAGAGACCUGCGACACCCACGUCUGCGGCCACCAUCCGGGUCAGCACCGCCAGUCCGGUUCAAGGUCCAACCCAGACGGUCAGAUUGGCCUCACCGGGUCAGCCGAGGAUGGUCCAGUCUCCCACUGCUCCCGGGACUGUCCAGACCAUCACAGUGAGUCCUGGUGGAGCUGGCAUGGCCAUGAAGAUGACCCCGCCUCAGAAGACCCAGACGGUGAUCACGGCAGGUGGGACUCCGGUGGCCAAACCGGCCGGGAUGGUGACCACCCCUGCAGUGAGCAACACUGCGCCGGCCCCCGCCGCCGCAGGGCGGGUCACCGUGGUCUCUCAGGCUCUGCCUCUGCAGGAGAUGCAGGAAAACGUGAAGAAGUGUAAGAACUUCCUGGCGACGCUGAUCAAGCUGGCGUCCCACAACUCACCGACGCCCGACACCUCCAAGAAUGUGAAGGCGCUGGUCCAGGACCUGCUGGAUGCCAAGAUCGAGCCAGAGGAGUUCACCACGCGCCUCCAGGCCGAAUUAAAAUCGUCCCCCCAGCCCUACCUCAUCCCCUUCCUCAAGAAAAGCCUCCCGGCCCUCAGACAGUCGCUCCUCAGCAGCCAGCAGUCUCUCACCACGCCGGUGUCCAACACGGUAGCGCCUCCGCUGGCUGCUCCCGGAGCGGUCGCCACCGCCACCACCAUCCGACCGCGGCUCCCCGUCAGCCCCGCGACCAACACCGUCCGCCUGAACGCUCCCCUCGCCAACACCACAAUGGGCCGGGUGGGCGUGCAGACGGUCCAGACCCGCUCACCCGUCCUCAUCAAUCAGAACCUGCGAGCACCAGGUCCCCUGGUCAGAGGGCCCACCACCUUCAUCAGCAAGACCCCCAUCACUCUGGCAGCAGCACAGGCGAAUCAGAAGAAGCUGAGCGACCCCGGGGGCGGGACUUUCAGAGACGACGAUGACAUCAACGACGUGGCCUCCAUGGCCGGGGUCAACCUCAACGAGGAGAACGCUCGGAUCCUAGCAACCAGCUCAGAGCUGGUGGGUACCAAGAUCCGCUCCUGCAAGGACGAGGCCUUCCUGCCCCCCGGCCUGCUGCACCGUCGCAUCCUGGACUCAGCGAGGAAGUUGGGCGUGACCGAGGUCCCUCUGGAGGUGGUCAACUUCAUCUCUCACGCCACUCAGUCUCGACUGCGCUCCCUGCUGGAGAAGGUGUCGCUGGUUGCUCAGCAUCGAGCCGACGGAGGGAAGGACGACGACAACCACGACCAGACGUCAGACGUUCGAUCGCAGCUCCGUUUCUUUGAGCAGCUGGAGAGAAUGGAGAAACAAAGGAAGGAUGAACAGGAGCGGGAGAUUCUACUGAAGGCCGCCAAGAGUCGAGCGAGACAAGAAGAUCCCGAACAGGCUCGUCUGAAGCAGAAGGCCAAAGAGAUGCAGCAGCAGGAGUUGGCUCAGAUGAGACAGCGGGACGCGAACCUCACCGCUCUCGCCGCCAUCGGUCCCAGAAAGAAGCGCAAGCUGGACUCUCCAGGCGGAUCCAGCGCUGGAGCCGAGGUGGCGUCCGGCGCGGCGGCGGGCUCCGGGUCCGGCUCGUCCUCCCGGCAGCAGCUCCGGCAGCGGAUCACCAGAGUCAACCUCAGGGACUUCAUCUUCUGUCUGGAGCAGGACCGCAGCACGGCGCGCUCACUCACGCUCUAUAAAGCCCUGCUCAAGUAACGCAGGCUCCGCCCACCGCAUCAAGGCUUCCUGUCUCACCUGGACCACAGGACGCUGACUUCCUGUUUACUUCCAUCAAAGUCCUGCUCACGUCUCCAUGGCAUCACUCUGGCGGACACAUCGGUUCUUGCUCUGAGGUUCAGUCGCGUCCACACACACACACACACACACACACACACACACACACACACACACACACACACACACACACGCACGCGCAGAUCAGAGUGUGUGCAAGUCUGAGUCCAUUUGAAGGGACAGUGAGGUAAUGCCUCGCCACGGUGACACCACUGAGCCAAAUUCAACAGAAUCAAGUAAAGACCUGGACGCAUCUGCCCAGAAGAGGGCGCUAAAGGCUCAACCGACCGAAGCAUCAGCCGAGUACAUAUAUAACGUUUUAAUAAUUUAACAUGAAUUCACCUGAAAGCUAAAUGAUUUUUAACCCAAUGAAUCAGCUUCGCCCCGUAAAGACACGUUUCAGUCAGAUGAAGAUUCGCUGUCAUCAGGAGCUGCACCAGACCAGGCCCCACCCACUUCUAUGAAGGGGGAGGCGCUUAUAUGUGCUACCUAGGAGACAAAUUUUAAAUCCCUGUAACAUUCAGACUGAACAAACCUCCCGUCCGCAUCCUCUGGGAUCAGUUCUGCAACACUUAGUGAGCCGGAACAAGGUUGUCAAUCAUUCCUGUGACCACGCGACAUCAGACCCGAACCCUCCUUUCAGAGCGUCAGUUGACAGAACCGUGUUUUUAAAUGGACUUUACAGGCGCGUGUGAAGGUUUUUAACGCUUUAACGUCUUUGUCUCCAUCGCACCAUCGUUUGAUCACGACUGAUGUAUUUACUAUGAAUUCUGGGCGGAGCCUGCAGUUGAACCAUGGACGUCGGUUUGGCGAGUAUUUAUAUUUCCUACGUUCUGACUUAUUUCAGACCGUUUUACAGUCGUUUGUACCUUUUCAGAAAAUGAAAUAAAGAAAAUAAUUUUAAAGGUCUUCC